CAAAAGAAUCAUUUGGUCGUUACCGCCAUCACGAACCUGCCACAACUGCUGUUGCUGCUGCUGCUACGAUUGCUGCUGUUGGAUUUUAUUUCUACUUUUUCUUCAUACAUCAUUUCCUUCUUGAUUUAUAUUAUUUAUAAAGUUUUCAAACUGGAGAAAAUAUUAGCGGGUGUGGAGUCAACGCCAGGAGUGUCAGAAGAAUGGGGCUCUGGUUGGAAAGGUACAAAUUUCAUAGUGGAAAUCGAAGAGACUGCAUCUGCCUCACCUGUGAAUCCAGACUAUCUGAGCAGUCGGGAGGAGUUCAGCAGCACAGAAUCUGUGAAUGCCACAAAUAUGAUAGCACAAGGCCCCAAAAUUAUUGUCCGCACCGAAGAGGUACUAAUAGUUGGCUUAGUUCUUAUGCUAUGGGUUGGUGCCAUUGUCCUAUUCUUUAAUCGAUGGGGCAAAAUACGAAUGCUGGAACCGUAUCAACCGAAAUUUCAACAACAACAUCGAGCUUCCUGCCCUCUGUCAGACAUCGACUCAAUAGCACCACAUCAGCGUUCAUCGGUUUCUCGCAUGUCAAUGGGAUUUGUGAAUAAUGUAAAAAAUAUGCCAUGUCAAUUUAACGCUUAUAAUCCAACGAUAUACCCCAAAGGCUACUUAGCGCAGUCGCGACCACGACAGAAUUCAGUAUUUGUGGGACCAAGUCCAAAUCAAUUUUUGAUGCCAAGACCUCCACGUAAGACUCGAUCUGCCAUGGAUUUACAUUCGAUGAUAUUGGAUGAAACAGCGGAACAGGUGUAAACCCCACUAUUGGAAAAUGAUUGAACUAAAGGGGUACUUCUUAGCUAAAUAAGAAUUUCUUAUUUGUUAACUAAAUUGAUAUCCCUUUAGUUCAAUCAUUUUUAGUGGGGUCAAAUACAACUGAAAACUCAAAUUAAUUAGAUACGAUGAUAUUCCUUUAUACCUAAAGUUAUGAUUAAGAAUUUUUAGAUACGAAUUUGAAAAUGAACUGCAAAAAAAAAACUAAAGAAAACCAAAAAUGGAACUCACAUGUAUAGUGCCCAUAAAUGUAACACUCACCAAGAAGAAAAACCAUUAGAAAAUCAUAGUUUUUGUAUGUCUUGCCAUUAAAACCACAAAUGUCAUAAAGAUCAAAAUUAGUAGAGGAACUUAAAGGAGUUUAAA